GGGCAUUGAGGAGUGCAUUCACAUAUCUACACAUUUUCAUACACACACAAAUAAUAGUAUUAUUUUUUUGUAUUUUUUUUCUCUCUCUCUUUUUCCUCUCUUCUAGUUCAGUUUCAGCAUUGUGAACAUGUAUGUGUGUAUCUGUGGCCCAUUUGGCCUGUCCCACGGCUUCCUUCAAUGAUGGGUUGUGAGUGGCUCUGUUGCCCCUAGUUGAUUGUCCCUUUUAUACCAUGGCUAUAAUUCAACACAUUUACUGCUAGAAAUGUGUUCAUUUGCAGGUAGAAAUGUGUUCAACAUCCACUGAAGUAGCUAGCAAGUUUAUAGUAGAUAGCUACAGUAGUUGCCUUGGUAACCAAACAAACCGACAUGCUAGUUUAGCUAACCAAACCAUCAGUCAUAUCUAGUUAUUAUGAAAAUCGAGUUCCAAAAAUUCCAAUAAUGUUUUCAAUUCGGCUUUUGCUUUCAAAAGCAGCUCAAACAUAGACCAUUUAAAUGAUAAUGCCCGCCUCGAAGCCGAUGUUUGGAGGAUAUAUUUUUACUUGCCCAAUGUUCUAAAAUGUAGCAAGUUUCGAUAGUAAACCAGGGGCUGUCACACACCGGGUCGUAGGAGCCGCUUCAUAGCUCGAAACAGAAAAUAGAUAUUUCAUACUUCACUUUCCAACACCCGUGGAAAUGUUUAACAGUCUUCUCGGGGUAUUUGACGAGGACCCUUUCUUCUCGUAAGUGGUAUCAAUAUUGUAUUCUGCCACUCGUUCAUUCGACUGUCUGAAUAUGUUUCUAGAAAAAUUAUAUUUAUUUUAAAUAUCUGUCAAAAGUCAACACCACUUUGAUCAUGACACAUAUAAACGAUAAAGAUAAAGGACAAGAACGACUGUACCCACCCCUUGUCUAAAAUGAGUCAGUAGUGUAGGCUAUUAUCAAUAGCGUUAUAGUAUGCCAGUAGUGAUUGUGUAAAAUAUUGAAUGUGGAGAAUGUAUCAGCACUGUAGGUGCGUUAGCUUGCUAGCCAGCCAGACAAUUUUAGAGAGGGAUUAUUCCAUUAUACAACUUUCAAUAACUGCCAAUAUGCUAACAUUCCAUUCAAACAAUGCAGUCAAUCGGCUGCAGGGUACCUAGUGGGUUAGGGCGUUGGACUAGUAACCGGAAGGUACAACUCUGUCGUUCUGCCCCUGAACAGGCAGUUAACCCACUGUUCCUAGGCCGUCAUUGAAAAUAAGAAUUUGUUCUUAACUGACUUGCCUAGUUAAAUAAAGGUAAAAUAAAAAAAUCCCCAGUCGUACUCUGGCUAAAAUCAGAUCAUGAUAGGAUUUACACAAGUUGAAAAUGCAACAAGUACUGAUAUUGUAUCAUAUAAUAGCACUGACAGCUUUUCAAGAAAAUGUAGAACGGAAUGGUCUUGUGGCACACGCUGGUAAAAUAGUUAAGGCAAAACUUUGAAUAUUGUUUUUAUGGAGCUCGCUCAGUUGUAACGACAGCUACCGACAACACUGCGUUGUGCUGAUAGAGCCGCUCGAGCUUUGAAUAGCCAGCCAAUCGCAGUGUUCGUCGGAGGUCAUGUGGCUGUUUGUUCAUAGUUGAACGUUCUAAACGUUCUAAAAUGUGGCAAGGUUCGAUGGUAACUUCAUUGACACCGAGCGCGGGGGGCUGUAACGUUCACACACCGGGUCAUUGGAGCCGCUUCAUAGCAGGAGACAGAAAAUAGAUAUUUCAUACUUCACUUUCCCCGUCCAACACCCGUGGAAAUGUUUAACAGUCUUCUCAGGGAAUUUGACGAGGACCCUUUCUUCUCGCCAUCGGACUGCUGAACAGCUAUCACUUGCUGCAUGGCUACCUGCCUGUGCUCUGCCCUGCACCUUGAAGACUUAUGCCCCAUGUGUAUAUAUAGAGUUAUAUUCUAAAUCAUUUAAAUGACAACUAAGGCACACCGACAUCAAUGUUUAAUUUCUUUCAAUAUCUACUGGUUAACAUGUAGGCUACAGUAAUAGCAUGGUACUUACUACUCAAGGCAUAGAGUUACCGGUGUCAGCAAAACAUUGCUUCAUGUUUUUCAUUGGUGAAUAGAUGCUGUGACCCAUUCCCCAGGAUAAGUGAGAGAAUGAAAUAUCUAUUAAUCACCUGGCCUAGAUCCUUGACAUAUCUUAGGCCUGCAAUAAAAUAUGAUAAAUGUUACAUUUACAACCCCCAUCUUCAGUCCACAAACCAGCCCUCCACUUGCAAUGCCCAGUUGCAUGUUCUUGCUAUUACUAUUUUUAUUAGUAGAAUUUUCUUUUUUAAAACAUAUAUUCUACACAGAAGUGAAGCCGCUCCGAACACCCAAAACCCUCCGGUUGUCCCCACCCACCCCACAUCUAGCUAUGACUAUUUGUACUAUUUUCACACAGAAAAAUGCCAAUCACUGAUUUGACCUAAGAAAUAUGGCAGAGUAACACUGCCUCCUUCAUUUAUGUGUUUGGGGAGGUGUUCCACUAAUUGAUAACUAAUACAACUAUGCCUACUCAUAUUAAUUGUGAAUUUGGUUGUAUGACAGACAGUAAAUUAUGAAAUGGUGAAUGCCUGGUGUUAAGAGGUUUCCUUCCUUCCUUUAUCUCCCCCCACUUUCCCUUUUUCCAAUCUACAGCUCGUCAAGGGAUCCAUUCCAGGCACACAAUACCCGUGUACAACAGAUGAUGCGGAGUUUCUCAGAGCCCUUCGGUCGGGACUUCAUGCCCAGUCUGACUGGCGGGCGGGAAAGGGGCCACGUAUCCGGGGGCCAACUCAACACUAGCAUGGUGCCACGGGAGGACCACAGGGACAUGGAGUCGAAGAAUCCAUUCAGUAUGUUGGACAGCAUGAUGUUCGGCGUGAGGAACAGGAUGGAGGACAUGCACAGAAACUUUGAGAACCUGUCCACAGACUCGAACGGCAACACCAACGCCCACUCAUUCAGCUCUUCCUCAGUGAUGACCUAUUCCAAGGUUGGAGACGAACCCCCCAAAGUGUUCCAGGCCUCCUCCCAGACACGGCGCGCCCCUGGCGGGAUUAAGGAGACUCGGCAGUCCCUGAAGGACUCAGAGAGUGGUCUGGAGAAGAUGUCCAUUGGACACCACAUCCAGGACCGAGGACACGUGGUGGAGAAAAAACACAACAAGAGGACAGGGGAACGGGAGCUCAACCAGGACUUCCAGAAUCUGGAUGAAUCCGAGGCGCAGUCCUUUGACGAAGAGUGGCAGCAAGAGGUGUUUAAAUUCCGACCAUUUGCCCCCAUGUCCCGUCUGGAGGCCCCCAAGCCUAGGGUGGUGCAUCGGGCAGCCCUCACUGCCGCCACCGGCCCCGACCAGGGACGUAGGGACAAAGUAAAACCAAAACCUGAAGGAAGGAAAAUACACAUUGACGAUCUCAAAGUCAAAGGAUCAGGCAUGGUGAAGCAGUAGACAUGUCUAGCAAAUAAAGCUACGUCAGGCAACAACUCUUUGAUGCUUUUACCUGUCUCCAAGACAAGCUUGGUUUCCAGGUAUUUUGUCUCACAGAAAAUCAGUCAAUGACCCAGUUGUUGAUAUGCUUUUUACCCUUUCAUUUUCACGCUACCAAGUAAAGUAAAGAACACUUGUCAAGUCAGGCACUUAUUCUGUCAGAGUAGAUCCAUACAAGCUUCUUCCAGAAAGCUCAGGACUCCUGUGGAAGUAGCAUUAAGACAGGCACACAUAAGCUACUAGCGAUUAUAUGUGAUAUAUGAUUUCAGAAUCAUGACAUUGAGCAGACAUAAUUUGUCACAUGUUAUAUAAUUGGGCAUCAGAUCAACAGCAAUGUUAUCUCAGAAAUAUUAUCCUUCUGCUUUUGGAAAUGUCAUGUUCACAUUGUAUAGAUUGCAUCAAAAGGAAACAAACGUAUAUAUUUAUGCAGUUAGACAUUUGAAGUCCAUAAGUGCACUUAGACGUCAAACUUGUGUGCUUUUUAUGUGUAGUGGCCAUUGUUUUAUUAAUGUAUUUUACCUGCUGUAAUCUUUGUAAAAAAUUAUAAUACCCUUUUUAUAUUGUUUUUCACCAUGCUAUUAAUUUAUGACAUAAAACACAGAAAUUAUG